AUGAUCAACAACAACAACAAGACAUUCAUCACUCUGAACAAUGGUACCACAAUGCCAUUGCUUGGACUCGGAACAUGGCUUACCAAACCUGGAGAAGCUGAACACGCCAUCCGAACUGCUCUAGAGAAUGGCUAUAGACACAUUGAUGCUGCAGCCAUUUAUAGAAAUGAGAAGGAAAUUGGUAACACUUUGGAUGCACUCAUCAACCAAGAACAUAAAUUCAAGAGAGAAGACAUUUACGUUACAUCCAAAUUGUGGAAUACUUUCCAUGCAAAAGAACAUGUUCGAAAGGCUUGUCUUCAAACACUCAAGGAUUUAAAAUUGGAUUAUCUUGAUAUGUAUUUGAUUCAUUGGCCAUUACCAUUUGCCUAUGUUGGAGAUGACAUUCAAAAAGAUGAAAAUUGUUUUCCAAAAGAUGAAAAUGGAAAAAUUAGAAUAGCUUCUGUUCCUUUGAGAGAGACAUGGGAAGAAAUGGAAAAACUUGUUCAAGAUGGAUUGGUGAAGUCCAUUGGUGUUUCCAACUUUGAUCUUGGACUUAUUUAUGACCUUUUGACUUAUGCAAAGAUCAAACCAGCAUGUAAUCAAGUCGAAUGUCAUCCUUUCCUUGCACAAAAUAAUUUAAUCAAAGGACAAAAGGACAUUGCAUUGGUGGCUUAUAGUCCUCUCGGUCACAUGUAUGAAGGUUCUCCUGCUCACCAUUCCAAAAUUAAGGAAAUUGCUGAAAAGCACAACAAAACUCCUGCACAAAUUUUACUCAGAUGGAAUAUUCAAAGAGGAUGUGUGGUCAUUCCAAAAUCCACCAAUGAGCAAAGAAUUAUUGAAAAUGGAAAAGUAUUUGAUUUUGAACUUGAUUCUGAAGAAAUGGAAGCAAUUAAUGAUUUGCAAAAGGAAAAGACUGUCAGAACUUGUGAUCCUGUUACAUUUUGGGAUCUCCCUCUUUGGUAA